AUGGCUGCCGCUGCCGUAGUGAUUACGCAGCUUUCCAUCGUGCAAAAUCUAGAUCCUGUAAAGAUCUGGACGGGACGGACCUCCAGUCCUUCGGAAAAGGUGGUGGCUCUCAGGAAAAAAGUAGAGAAGGAAAAGAAACAAGCAGCGAUCAAAAUGCAAAGUCAGAUAGACAGCAAACCUGAAUCAGAAAAAGAAGUUGCGGAUUCCACCAUCAUGUACAGAAAAGCCUUUUAUAAACCAGAAGUCCCUGAGCUGGAGAUCCCAUUUGCAGUACAGGAUAUCAUCUCUAGGAUUGAACAAGCACAGCUUCAUCGAGCCAGAGAGGACAUUAAUAUGCAGCUGAAUGACAUACUGCUCAAUGUGCAGCGGAUAAUAAAUCGCUAUACUCUUGAUGAGAAUGUGCACUCUGGAAAAAAAAUCUCCCUUAUAGAACAUAAGAAACGGAGAAUAUAUUUCCUGGAGAAAAUAGUUACUUAUGCUAAGAAUGCUGAAAUUAGAGAAAAGAUUCUUGUGUAUAUCCUGGCCUGGUUGGAAGAAUGGAAUCUCAUUUUGUCUGAGAUAACUGCAAUGGAUAUUGAGGAACACCACCACUGGAUUGCACAAAUGGAGUUUUUACCAGAAACGUUCAAAGCUAUUGAGAGCAAUGUCAAGAUACUGAGUAGAAUUAGUGUAUCUUUGUUUGAAGAAAGGAAGAGACAAAAGAAAAGAACAACAUCUAGAGGUACUCUAUGGAAAUCUUGGAAAGAAAGAGUUAUAAAGCGACCUGCAACAGCUCAUGCUUUAAGACCAGAUCAGAUGAUUAGUGAUGAAUUUGCAACAAACACAAAGGUUUCAGAAAUCCAAGAUAUGCUACAGGAACUCAUAAACACUACAAUGUUCAACAAAUUGGAAAACAAUGCUAUUAAAUAUAUAUCAUCAACAAUAGUAAACCUAUCUAAAGCUUUGAGUACACUAACUGAUGAACUAAAAGUUUUUAACCUCCAAAGUGCCAGUAUGUACAUAAACGAGACAAAUGAAAAAGAAAAAGAGCUCUCGCUGAAGAUAAUGCGAGAGCUCAGUGAAAACAAUGAGAUGCUUCAGCAGAAACUGCGAGAUGCAGAAGAAAAAUAUGAAUACCUUAUUCGGUCUAAAGGUGUUGUACAACCCCGAGGAGGUACAGCAUUGCCCGCAUCACCCUUGAAUGUGUUACCUGAGCUUUCUUCACAAUCAUCCAUUGCUAUUAGCAAAGCUGACAGAGAAGACAGUACAGAUGAUAUUUUGGUUAAAGAAUUUGAAAAUAUUCUAGAUGAGGCCCAAACAAAAGGGACCAAGGGCUUGGGAAUCAAGUGGGACUCAACUAUUUCAUAUACAGCCCCAGUUGAAAUAAUUCCAGAUUUAACUGAAGAGCAAUAUCCUUUACCUGAAAAAAAACAAAAAGAGGCUUCUGAAGAUAAGAUAUCACUGAAGAAAGGUGAUAUCCAUCAGAAAGAUGUGACUGACCAGCAUCAAUCACAGAAGAAAAAGCAAACUAAAGGCCCAUAUACACAUGAGACCUCUGGGUCAAAUCUGAGUGAUGAUAAAAGUAAAAAGAAAGCCUCAGAGACCAAGUUUGAUCAUCAUUUAGAACUACAGGCACUGGAAAAGAAGAGAAAAGAAAUAAAAUCCUUUUCUGAAGCCAAAUCAAAGCCAUCCACUGAAUCAAAAAGUCAACAUGUCCUUGCUGAUUAUCCUACUGACACAAAAAGCCAACAUGGCAAAGGGGGAACAAGUAGUUUAUGGGAACAACUCAGGAAGGUCAAACCUGAGUAUUCACAUGACAGGAGCCAGAUUUCUUCAGAGAAUAAAGAGGAACCCACCACUGAGUCAGGGGACAAAGAGGGCAUGAGUGAGAUGAGCAGCCAAGAAGAGCAAUUCAGGUUGACCCAACUUGGUUAUUCUCCUCAGAAAGUGAAAACAAAAGGAAAGAAGCACCAAGACCCUCCAGCAACCAUCACAAGCAAACAGGGAAAACUUGAAGAGGACAUGUUGGUAUUCACAAAGAAAGUCAAGUCUCACAGACUUGCUAAGUCACAAUCUAAGGUAACAGAAGAGACUUCAGAAUCUACCAGAGUUCUUGGAAGUGCAGAUGGCAAAAGUGAAGAGAGUAACCUGGAAGAAUUUCAAGAUGCCAUAAUAGCUUUCCUAAAAGAGAAAAUUGAUAACAUAGGAAAGCCUUUGGACAAAAAGAUUGUGCCAAAAGAGGAGUUAUUAUUAAAAGGAGCAGAGGUUGAAAAAUUAGGAAUCAUAAAGGCAAAAAUAGAGGAAUAUUUCCAAAAUGUGGCUGAAACUGUGACAAAAACCUUGAGAAAAUACAAAGAUAUAAAAAAUGUAGGACAAGUUGGAGAGAAACGUAUGAAACAAAAAAAGGAAGUCUCAUUUAUGCCAGGAUUGCAUUUUCAGAAGCCAAUUAGUGCAAAGCCUGAAAUUAGCACCUUAUUCUCAUCUAAGAGCAUGGACCCACUAACUGACAAUUUAAUACAAACAAUCUUGACUGAAAUAGAAGGGGAAAUAAAUGCUCCAGUAACCUCAACAGUAGGGAGAGACCACAGGGAAAAGGAAAAACAAAGGCAGGAGGAAUAUAUGCAAGAAGGUCAAGAAAAAAUACUUGGUAAACGUCUCAAACACCAGUUGAAAGAAGAAGGGAGUUUCUGGAAGAAGAGCUAUGAGGUAAUAAAUAAAAAACCCCAGGAGGAAGAGUCAUGGCUCCAGAUGAAGGAAGGAAAGCAAGGACAACGGAAGUACAAACAGUGGCAGGAAGAGGAAAUAUGGAAGGAGCAGCAGAAACAAAGGAUGCAAAAGCGGACUGAGCAAGAAGAGGAGCAAAUGCAAAGAAAGGAGGAAGAAGAGUAUCAGCAGCCAAAACAGCAGAAGCUGGAAGCAUGGAAUGAAAAAAUGGAAAAACCAGUGGUGCCCUUGGAGAAGGAGAAAGGACAGCAGAAGGAAGUGAGAUAUCAAGAGCUGGAAAUUAAUUGGAAGGAAGAGAAGCAGAAGCCAAGAAGAAAUGCACAGGACCAUGAAGGGCAGUGGCAGAAAAAACCAAAGGAUCAGAUGAAGAUUAAUGAGAAAAACUCUGAAGAACUAGAAGAGAUGUUCAGCCAAACUUCAAUGACAUUGUUUCCCAAGUGGAAGAGCAUACCGAGAAUAACAUCCCAGUCACACCAAAGAAAAGAGUUCCUUGGGCGUUUUAAGACAUUAGACAGUCCUGCUAGUGGAAAGCAUCCCAUCCCAACCACUCCUCUCUCUACACAAUUACUGUCACCAGAGGCCUUUCCCAUUUCUGGACACUCUCCCACAGGGUUCCCCACUCUAACUCCUCAACAGGCCCAGGCACCGGUCAUCACUGUUACCUCUCAAAACGCAGAGGCACUUGGAAUCACUGUGGCCCCAGAACAGGCCCAGGCACUAGGGAUCACUCUCACCCCCGAGCAGGCCCAGGCACUGGGGAUCACUCUCACCCCUGAGCAGGCACAGGAACGGGGGAUCACUCUCACCCCUCAGCAGGCCCAAGCAGGGAGGGUCACUCUCACCCCUCAGCAGGCCCAAGCACUGGGGAUCACUCUCACCCCUCAGCAGGCACAGGAACGGGGGAUCACUCUCACCCCUCAGCAGGCCCAGGCAGGGAGGAUCACUCUCACCCCUCAGCAGGCCCAGGCACUGGGGAUCACUCUCACCCCUCAGCAGGCACAGGAACAGGGGAACACUCUCACCCCUCAGCAGGCCCAGGAACAGGGGAUCUCCCUCACUCCUCAACAGGCCCAGGCAGGGGGGAUCACUCUCACCCCUGAGCAGACACAAGCAGGGAGGAUCACUCUCACCCCUCAGCAGGCCCAGGCACUGGGGGUCACUCUCACUCCUCAACAGGGCCAGGCAGGGGGGAUCACUCUCACCCCUCAGCAGUUACAGGAACGGGGGAUCACUCUCACCUCUCAGCAGGCCCAGGAACAGGGGAUCACUCUCACUCCUCAACAGGCCCAGGCAGGGGGGAUCAUUCUCACCCCUGAACAGGUCCAGGCAAGGAGGAUCACUCUCACCCCUCAGCAAGCCCAGGCACUGGGGGUCACUCUCACUCCUCAACAGGCCCAGGCAGGGGGGAUCACUCUCACCCCUCAGCAGGCCCAAACACUGGGGGUCACUCUCACUCCUGAGCAGGCCCAGGCACAGGGGAUCACUCUCACCCCUGAGCAGGCACAGGCAGGGAGGAUCACUCUCACCCCUCAGCAGGCCCAAGCACUGGGGAUCACUCUCACUCCUCAGCAGGCACAGGAACGGGGGAUCACUCUCACUCCUCAACAGGCCCAGGCACUGGGGGUCACUCUCACUCCUCAACAGGGCCAGGCAGGGGGGAUCAUUCUCACCCCUCAGCAGGCACAGGAACAGGGGAUCACUCUUUCUCCUCAGCAGGCCCAAACACUGGGGAUCACUCUCACUCCUCAACAGGCCCAGGCACUGGGGAUCACUCUCACCCCUCAGCAGGCCCAGGCACUGGGGAUCACUCUCACUCCUCAGCAGGCCCAGGCAGGGGGGAUCACUCUCACCCCUCAGCAGGCCCAAACACUGGGGAUCACUCUCACUCCUCAGCAGGCCCAGGCACUGGGGAUCACUCUCACUCCUCAACAGGCCCAGGCAGGGGGGAUAACUCUCACCCCUCAGCAGGCCCAAACACUGGGGGUCACUCUCACUCCUGAGCAGGCCCAGGUGCAGGGGAUCACUCUCACCCCUGAGCAGGCACAGGAACGGGGGAUCACUCUCACCCCUCAGCAGGCCCAGGCACUGGGGGUCACUCUCACUCCUGAGCAGGCCCAGACACAGGGGAUCACUCUCACCCCUGAACAGGAUCAGGCACUGGGCAUCAUUCUCAGCCCUCAGCAGGCUCAGGCACUGGGCAUCACUCUUACCCCUCAGCAGGUCCAGGCACAGGGCAUCACUCUUACCCCUGAGCAGUUCAAAGCAUUGGCGGUUACUCUCACCCCUGAGAAAUGCCACAGCUUAGGUAUCACAGUCACCCCUGGGAACGUUCAGACAUGGGGGCCACCUCUCACUGUAGCACAGGGUUGGAAUUUUGGAGUCCCUCUUACUCCUGAAAAUGUGUUGGUGUCAGCUGUCACUUUUACACCUGAACAGAUCCAGGCUUUACGUGCCCCUCUCUCUUUGGAACAGGCUGAAGCAUUAGGGAUUUCCAUCUCUCCAGAAUACUUCUGGAAAUUUGGGGUCCCUCUCACCUCAGAUAAAUUCCAUGCCUUAGAAUCUCCCCUUGAACAAGUCCAACCUUUGGGAGCCCCCUUUCAGAGAUUAAAGGCUUCUGUCCUCCCUGGGAAAUCCAUUAUAUCAAGCCCCAGGCAAUCCCUAGCAUCUGCUCCUAUUUCUGAGAAGUCCUCUGUAUUUGAAGUCUUUUCUACUCCUUUGCAGAUAUCCAGGUCUCCUCUUUCCCAAGCCCCUGGGAAAUUGCUAGGAAUGAGAAUUCCUCCUGACCCUGGGAAGCUUCUGGCAUCACAGACUUUUCCUUCCUCUAAACAGACCCUGGUUUCUGAAGGUCAAUCCACCUCUGUUCAAUCUGUACCACCAAAAGUCCCUCUGCCUCCUGGGAAGCUUCCCACAGGUGAGGACCUUCCGACUUCAGGGGAGCCCCUUCUAUCUGGAACCCCACUCUCCUCUGCACAGAUGCCCAGUCUCUUGGCUCCUCUUUCUCCUAGGAAGCCCUUUGUUCCUGGGGCCUCUUCCACCCUUGAGGAGUUUCUGGAACCUAGACCCUUAACACACUUUGAGGAGCCUCAGGCAUUCCAGCCCCCUGCCACCUGUGAACAAUCUCCCUAUCUACGAGUCCCUUCCACCCUUGAGCAGCAUCAAGCUUCCCCACUGCGGAUCCCUCCCAUCCCUGGGCAUCCUCCAGCACUAUGGACCUCCCUAACUCCUGGAAAGCCCCAGAAAGAUAUGUCCUCUUCUGUCUCUAAGGAAACGUUUCAGUCCUAUCUUACCGAUUACAGGUCACCAGUAUCACAAAUCCCCUACAUUGGUGGGAGAGCCCUUCCCAGUCUCAUGAAGCCUCUUACAACUAAACUACCUAAAACAUCACAGGUAUCUUCUAAAUGGGACAAGAAAACCCAGUUCCCCCCUAUAGAUAAGUCCUGGAUAUUGACUUCAGAUUCAGUUACCAAGAAACACAAGAUGAUGGUGCCCCCUUCCUCUCCCCAAGAGUUCAAAGAGCAGAGAUAUUUUGUUGAUGUGGAGGCUCAGAGAAAGAACCUGACACUCUUAAAUCAGGCCACAAAAUCUUUUGGACUCCCUUCACAGCUACACACAACAGCUGCGAAUCUCAUAAUUGAGACAUUGCAUACGGACAGAGUUCGGCUGGGAUACCUAUUCCGCAAGUACAUUGCUUACAGGCUGAUCCAGCGUGCAAGAAACAACAUAAUCAGACGAUUACAAGCUGUCCAAAACACUGGGAAAGGUUAUGAGACCCAGAACCUCUACAUAAUGCUGAGCAGAAUUGAUGACUACCAGAAAAAGGUGAUGCAGGUCUGGACUGACAAGCAGAAAUCUUUAGAGCACAAACGGAAUCAGUGCCUGAGGAACAUGAUGUCCUUAUUUAGCCAGCUUCAAACGAUGUAUAAACUGAAUCUUAGACAACCAAUCCCUUUGAUCAUCUACAAAAAGCAGAUACCUGCCUCUACCAAAUUUGUUCAACAGCCAUUCCUAGAGCUGCUAAUAGAAGAAGACAGGAAGUCUGACACAUUCAAGAAAUUUCGGUAUGUACAAGAUCAAAUGGGAGCUAUCUGGAAUGCUGAUCUGUCUACUUCAAGCUACCCAAUAACAGAGAAGACAUCAAUACAUUCGCUCUGGGCCCAGCUGGGUGGGUACCCAGAUAUUCCUAUGCUACUCCAAUUAGAUGUUCAAUCUACCUUCAGAAAAUCUCUUGCAUCCAUUAAAUCACGGACUAGUUUUUGCCCUGCCUCUGGUAACUUCUCAGUAAGAUGUUUAUCUGGCUAGCAAAAUGUCCAAAAC